UAAAAGAAAGUUCACCCUUCAGUACUUCCUCAAGUUUCCAUUCUGCUCUCGUUGGCUUUUCAUCUGAUUUUCUGGUUUGCCAAUUGAUUUCUUGCCUUCCGUCCAGCUUCCCCGUCCUCGAACUCUUCAUGUCUCCAAUGCUUUUCUUGCUUCUCUUGGUGUCUUCGCUCAUCCCCGGAUAUGCUCAUCCUUCACCGACCCAAUCCUUCAUGUCUGCGGUCAUAUCCCAAAAGGGUAUUGAUUUCCUCAAAGACUUGCUCAUAGACAAGGCAAUUUCUUCUGUGGUUCCGAUUAAUUUGCCUGAAUCCGAAAAAAAAGUCAAAAUCCCAUUUGUUGGAAACGUUCUUAUGAGGCUAUCCAACACUACCAUAUACCGAGUUGAUGUUCCUUCCUCGGAUAUCAAACCGGGUGAGUCGGGUGUUUCUAUUAUUGCUUCAGGAACUACCUGUGACUUAAGCAUGGAUUGGCUUUAUUCCUAUAGUACUUGGCUUGUUCCAGCAGAGAUUUCUGACAAAGGACGUGCUUCUGUUCAGGUCGAUGGCAUGGAAGUUCGACUGAAUUUAGGAUUGGAGCUUCAAGAAGAAACUCUUAAACUAUUUCUUCUGGAAUGCGGUUGUUCUGUCCAAGAUAUGUCUAUAAAGUUGGAUGGAGGAGCAUCUUGGCUUUAUCAAGGGCUGGUGGAUGCAUUUGAAGAACAGAUAAGUUCUGCUGUUGAAAAGGCGAUUUGUAAGAAACUAGGAGAAGGAAUCUUGAAGGUCGAUUCGUUUUUGCAAACACUUCCUAAGGAAGUCAAAGUGAACGAUAAUGCUUCUUUUGAUACUACUCUUGCGGGAGAACCCUUGCUUAGCAGCUCCUCCUUUGGUAUAAAGAUCAACGGGCUGUUUAGGGCUGGAGAAAAGCUACCAAUGCCUGAGUAUCACUUUGAAAAUUCACCUUCACCUUCACCUUCCUGUAAAGAUCCUUCUAAAAUGUUUGGAAUAACACUAGAUGAAGCAGUAUUUAACUCUGCCUUGGCCCUAUACUACGAUGCAGACUUUAUGCAGUGGAGUUUGAAGGAAGUGCCCAACCAGCCGCUUCUAAAUACUGCUGGAUGGAGAUUUAUUGUUCCCCAACUGUACAAGAAAUAUCCUAAUGCUGACAUGAGCUUGAAUAUCACUUUACCUUCUCCACCAGUCAUAAGGAUUUCAGAGCACCCGAUUUUUGCAACCGUGGACGUAGACAUAAUAGUUGACGUAGUAGAAGCUGGUGAACUAAUUCCAGUUGCGUGCAUCUCAUUGUUAGUUCAUGCCUCCAGUACGGCUAAAAUCUCAGGGAACAACCUUGUGGGCAGCAUCGAUUUGAACGAUUUUGAGAUGUCGUUGAAGUGGAGCAAUAUUGGCAAUCUGCAUAUGGACCUAAUUCAGCCAGUCGUGCAAACUCUGGUCGAAACUACGUUGUUGCCAAAUGCAAACUCGUAUUUCAGGAAGGGUUUCCCACUGCCCAUCAAACAUGGUUUCAUGUUCCAAAACGCUGAACUAAUCAGCUCAAAUUCGAGAAUUAUGGUGUGCAGCGAUGUUUUGUGGACAGAGGGACGUAGUCCUGAUCAUCCACAACUUGUUUAGGUAGAGGACGUGAUAGUCCUCUAAUUUUCUGCAAAAUUCAGGCAAGGAAGAAAGCACUCUAAAUCUCUAUACGGGCUUAUUUGAUGGGUGAGGUUCCAAGCCACCCCUUAAACCGCUUCUUAUAGAUUUCUUUAUGUACAUGUAAAUUAUGUAAAUGCUAACGUUUCUAUUAGAUUAAUGGUUCAAGGAGGAAUUAGGUGCCUCAUCCUCCUCUUUUGAAUCUUGUUUGAACCAUGUAAUUUCUCCCUGCCGGGUACGACCAUUGAUAAAGACCAUUUAUCUUAUUUUUCAAUUUAAGUGGGAUGUAAAUCCAAAAUUUA